GAAAAUGGACGUGAAUUUGUAUUUUUAAGCAUUUUUAAUUAUUGAAUAUUUCUUUUUCUAGAAAGGAUAUAUUUUGAGAUCAUCUGAUAAAGUUAACAAUAACUUUUGUUUGCGCGUAGUGGAUUGGAUUAUUUUUAAUUUUAUCGGUGGAUGAUUUCUAAGGCGACCUUUAUAACAUUUUUAAUAUUCUACUUUAAAAUUUACAUGAAUACGAGUUCCAUUUAGCUAUAAAAAUAGGUUAUAUACAUUGGAUAAUGAUUCAGCAUUUCUCACGCGAUAAGACACAUUUCAUUUAAUAUGACAAAUUCCUUAACUCUAAUGAGUCUAAUCUUAACUAACUCUAAUCUUAACCGACUACAGAGUAUCAAAAAAGUCAUGUGCAAAUUGCAGAAUGAUUAUAUACUUAUAUCUGAGACCCACCAAACUUUUCUCAUAUGCGUUAGUGUUAUUUAUUUGCUGGAUGAGAUGAAUCUCACCAGUAGGUCUGCGAUAAAUUAAUAAACCUUUCGGUAAUCGUUAUAAGAUGAUGAUAUACAGUACUUUUAUAUAUUCUGAUACGGAAAUAAUCCUUCUUUAGUUUUUUUUCAAAGACAAUCAGUGGAGUGGGAAAAAAGCUAUUACGGAAAUUGAGUUAUUAAAUUUUACUCCAAACAAGAUAUUACAAUUCGAUGAUGUAUAUAUGUCUACGCACUAUGAUGAUCUAUGGAAAU